AUGGACAGAGAGAAGGAGAGAGAGAUAGAGCUGGAGAGUGCAAUGUACACUAACUGUUUGCUAUUAGGGUUGGAUCCGGCCAUUAUCGGACUCGGAGGCUCCAAUGCCACUCCUCGGGUCGGAUUCUUCCGCCACUCUAACCCUAAAUUGGGCGAACAGCUGCUCUACUUCAUUCUCUCUUCUCUCAGAGGCCCAAUUCAAUCCGCCAAGGAUUUCGAUAAGGUCUGGCCAAUUUUCGAUUCUGCCCAAUCGCGGGAUUUUCGUAAGGUUGUGCAAGGGAUCAUUAGUGAGCUCGAAUCGCAAGGGGCGCUUCCUAGGAGCAAUUCGAGGGUUUCAUCACUUGCUACAUGUUGCGGACCCAGGUUUGUAGAACUUCUGUGGCAACUUUCUUUGCAUGCUUUGCGAGAGGUUCAUAGGCGAACAUUUUCAGCUGAUGUAGCUUCUAACCCACUUCCGGCAUCAUUGACUGAUGUAGCCUUUUCACAUGCAGCUACUUUACUUCCUGUUACUAAGGCUAGAAUAGCACUUGAACGAAGAAGGUUUAUUAAGAAUGCGGAAACAGCAGUACAGAGACAGGCCAUGUGGUCUAAUUUGGCCCAUGAGAUGACUGCGGAGUUUCGUGGUCUUUGUGCUGAAGAGGCUUAUUUACAGCAAGAGCUGGAAAAGUUACAUGACCUUAGGAACAAAGUGAAGUUGGAAGGGGAACACUGGGAUGACCUUGUUUCUAGUUCGAGUCAGAAUUCCCAUUUAGUAUCCAAGGCUACUCGUUUGUGGGAGUCUAUAUUAGCCCGUAAAAGUCAACAUGAAGUUCUUGCUUCAGGCCCUAUUGAGGAUUUAAUAGCUCACAGGGAGCAUAGGUACCGCAUCUCUGGAUCUUCUUUGCUUGCAGCUAUGGAUCAGAGUUCUCAGGUUCCUUAUGGAGAUGUCUUAUCUGUCCAAUCUGGUGAUUUUAAUCCAAUGCAUGUGGAUGACAAAGAAAAAAAUGAUGGAUCGUAUGUCAAUGUUAAUAGAGAAAAGAUGAAGAGCAAUUCAGAUUCAUCCCAUUCACAAGUAAAUGAUGAAGCACUUCAUCGAGGAGAUGAAAGAAGUGGAAGAGUCCACCCAACAGUUGACGUGGCAGAAAUUAUCAGGCGUUGGACACAUGCUUUACAGCGUAUUCAUAAACAGUCGCUUCAUAUGGCAAAAGCUAAUGAGGGAGAGGGUCCAGAAAUUUUAAGAAGUGCACAUGAUGGCAGUUCAAGUGGUCAUGCUGAGUCUUUAGCUGCAACUCUUGCUGAACAUCAGCAACACUUGGUUAGCUUUCAGGUUCUCAUUAAUCAACUGAAGGAAGUUGCUCCGGCAAUACAAAAGUCAAUAUCAGAAUGUACAGAUAAAGUAGAUAGCAUUUCCUCUAGUCUGCCUCCAAUGACCAAACAUCCUGGUCGCUCAACCUCACCUAUUCAAGCACAGAGCAGUGGAAGGACAUUGGAAAGCAACACUGAUGAUGUGGCUGAGGUGACUUCAAAAUUGUCUACCUUUCAGCUUGAAAAGGUGUCAGCUAGCCCUACUUUAAAGCUCCCACAGUUGUUUACCUUGACUCCUAACUCUUCUGGGAAAGGUGCAAGUAUGAAUAAGCGCCCUGCUUCAGCUGCUCAAACAACUCAAAUAGAGAGCUUUUCUGAAAGGAAAUCUGUGGAGCAGCCUAUAUCAAAUAAUCACAUAGAUAAUCUACCACAAGAUAGUGAUAAUUAUUUUGUCCAGAAUCUAAAGAGAUCUGUCAGAGAAGCUGCUCUGUCACGGAACUCCUUAAAUUCCGAAUCAUCACGAGGCAGCCAUUCUGAUGAAAGCUCUGAGCAUUUCUUUUUACCUCUUUCCUCAUCUGGGUUUUCUCGUCAAAGCCAAGAAUCUAAAGGGGUUUCCUUGAGGAGUAAAAGGUUUGCAUCUCAGACAGAGGCUUCCUUGCUUGAAAAUCGUGCUUCUGAUGGUCAUAUGGAGAGCAAAUACUCUGAAUUAUCUCAAGUUUUGAACGGUUUAGAUUCACUUGAUGAUUAUGACCAAGUAAAUGGGUUUCUUUCGGCUACGGGUUCAAACUGUGCUGCUUCGGACACACAAAGAUCAUUUUAUGACUUCGAGGAAGCUCAGGAGCAGGUUUUCUCGCCUCCUUUGCUAAUGGACUCAUCACUGUUAGCGGAUUAUGAGGACUUGCUUGCGCCGCUUUCAGAAACUGAUACAGCAUUAAUGGAGCACUGA